GAAGACGACCUCCUAUGGACCCAGGAGAUCGUUAACGGCGGACACGACGUCCCCCUCACCAACUUCAUGAACGCUCAGUAUCACACUGAGAUCCUCGUCGGUACGCCCCCUCAGUCAUUUAAAGUUAUCCUUGACACUGGCUCGAGCAACCUCUGGGUCCCAAGCUCCAAGUGCACAUCUAUUGCGUGCUUUCUUUACGCCAAAUACGAGUCUAGCGCUUCCUCUACGUACAAGGCCAACAGAUCUGAGUUCUCCAUU